CUCCCUUGAUUAAUGGUGGAAGAAAAAUAAAUCGAUCAACAGAGAUUGAAAACAAUGACAUAAUUUCCAUUUCUUGCAUCUAUAUAGAGCAUCACGUUAUAAUACUUCGCUAUCUUUUAGAUAUAUUGAACAGUCGGUGUUAGAUCUGAACGCAAUAAUACACUUGGAAACUGACAACCAGUGGGCCGAUUCUAGGAAAGAAGUAUUGUUUUUAAUGAUGGACUUGCCAACAUGACAAAUGGAUGAUAUGCCCAUAGCCUGUAUUUGGGAAAGUAUUCCUGAUGAUAUUAUACUCCACGUAUUUUCUUUCCUCCCAGCAGCAUCAUUACUACAGGCAGCUCAAGUUUGCAGAUGUUGGUACAGAGUAAGCAGAGACGAGCUGCUUUGGAAGGAUGUAUUCUACAGACAUUGGAAAAUUGAUAGAAAUAUACCCAUGGCACCUGGCAAGUCGUCAUGGUUACAGGAAUAUAAACGUCUUCAGUACCACACGCCAGCGGUAGAGAGUGAGGUGAUUAGACAACACACAGAUCAGGUUUUACAUGUCAGCUUCUCACACAAUGGAAAAAUGUUUGCUACAAGUUCCAAAGAUGGAUUUAUUAAGGUUUGGAAUACAACAUAUCCUAUAUCCUUAAAGUAUAAGGAGAAUAUGAAACGUUUUACUUGGAAGUAUACACAGUUCUCACAGUUCAAUGAGAGUGAUACACUGCUACUAGUUUCUGGGGUUCAUUUUGGUUCCAACAGCACAUCAGGAGAAAUAGCUGUGUUUUCACUACAGGGUAACUUUGAACUACAAGCUCGAGUUAUCAACAAACCAUAUGAUGUAUUUGGUACUUGGUAUAAUGACAGUCAUUUAGUAUCUGGGAGCCUUCAUUGGACAGGACAAUUACAGUCUUGUUCUGUUUUAUGGCUUAAUAAGGCGUUUCAAGACACAGAAAAUGAACAUGAAUCAGUGGUGAUGAGACUAUAUAAACUGAAAAAUAUUAAUGCUAGUUCAGUUCGGACUGUUAUGGUUGCUAGCUGUCGAGAGGUGAUGGAAACAGACGACAAAGACGAGAUCGGUAAAGGGAGCAAACGUGUACAGGAUAAAGCUGAUAGAGAAGACAAUAAUGAAAGCUCUUCCAAAAUUGCUAAGAAAAAUAAGGAAAAAUUUCUUGGAACUAUUGAGUAUAAACAAGAAUAUCGUGAUGCUGAGAAAAGUCAUAAGAAAUUUACCCAAAAGUCUGAAAACAGUAAGAUGUCAAAUCAGUGUGGUAGUAAUCAUAGUUCUUUUUCUGAAGACGAUCUGGUGAGACAGUUAAGUGACAAUGAUCUACCGAAUUCAAAUAAUCAAACUCCUAUUAGAGGUACCAAGGAUAUCUCUAUGCCAGAUGUAGAUAAACUAGUUGAAAAAACAACUAAGUGUGUCUCUUUGUCCUCAGAAACAAUUGAUACUUCCAUAAGUGGUAAUCCAGUGAACCCUACCAAUGGUUCGAUCCAAGAUACAUCUAAUAGUAACAACUCGGCUCAGAAUUCUAGUUCGAGUCAGUGUGGCUGUGGGAGUUCAUGUUCUUGUCAUGGUGGCAUGUACUUAGAUGGAGCCACGUUUGGUUCACCGCUCCAGUCACAUUUCUUUCGAAGUAAUGACCACAGAGUGGCAUUAGAUGAUUGGAAUCCUGCGUCUGCUCUUCACAUGGGAGAUACAAGUAUAACUUACCCAAACUUUAUAACUGCUGACUCAACUAGUCCACAGAAAGGGAACAUUUUAGAUAAAUUCUUAAUAUUUACACAGGGUUCAAAGACAUAUACACCACAUCAGAUUGGAAUUAAGAGAAUAAAGCCGCUAGAAAAGAUAUUGGGAGAUGAGAGACCGCUUUUACCAGAUAUUGAAUUCAAUUCACCAGCAUUGGAAUCCAUAGCAUAUGAUAAACUUGAUAAAGUUAUAGACAUGCAUGGUCAUAUCAUAGGAUUAGCCUUAUCUCCUGAUCAUCGGUAUUUGUAUGUGAACUGUAGACCUUGGCCAAAGGAUUAUGACAUACAGAAUCCCUUAGCUCCGCCUCCUAUUGCUCAGGAGAUUGACAUCCAUGUGAUAGACUUACUGAGGCUGGCAGAAGUUGGUACCAUGUAUAGAGCACACAAAGCCUACACUCCCAAUGAUGAAUGUUUCUUCAUUUUCCUUGAUGUUAGUCAGCAGUAUGUUGCCAGUGGAGCUGAAGACAAGCAUGGGUAUAUAUGGGAUCGUCACUAUGGAGUCUGUCUAAGUAAAUUUCGUCAUGAAGAUGUAGUAAACUGUGUAGCAUUCAGUCCGAGCGACUCAGAAAUUUUAGUGACUGUUAGUGAUGACUGCACUAUUAAGAUUUGGCGUUCACUGAAUCGUGAAAAAUCUAUGAAAUUCACUGGUUUGUUUAAUCCUGGACUAUAUAUGUGAUAUUUGUCAUAAUAUAAUA